CGAACAGACCUCAGUCACGACCAUCUUGAUAUCGGCCGCAAACGCCGCUGCCUUCCAAAUACGGAGGUAUCAACAGAUGUAAACAAGAGGGAUUAGAGAGAAAGUCGUAAACGACGCGAAUUCAAAGUGCUUCGCCCUUUAAUCACUUUUUUUUUAAACACACAGCUCAACAAUCAGUUUCGAGAAGAGGGAAAAAAUCGAGAUCCGUGCUGCUCGAUGAACCAAUGCUUUUACUUACCUAAAAAUGUAUUGUUUCGAUAUUCACUAAGUCCUCUCAAUUAGAGCAAAUGAUGGACAGAUUGUCACCCACCUGCAGCCUCGACCAAUAUAGCUUUUACGUCAACAAGUCUUGCGUUUGUUGCAUUUAUUAUCGUAGGUCUCAUACCAUCGUACUGAGUCCACGGUGAACCUGGAUCUGUUCACUGCUGCUAAACAACUAGCAGACAGCGAGAUCGAAUUGAUAAAGGUAAUUGAGAAUUCCAGCAAGUGCCAAAGAACUCCUACAAACAUGUUCACAAAUGCGAAGAAAACGAAGAAACCUGGGAAAUCGAAAAAUGCUCGUCCAUCGGCUGCGCUAUUGGCCGCUAAGCAAGAGGCAGCGAAACGGCAGCUGCUGUCGGACAAGAAAUCCAACAGCAGCUUCAUACCGGAUAUAUAUCAGAGAGCGAUCGAAGCGUAUAAAGUGGUGCGAAAGGAGACCGGUCUUGUAUUCGAUCGUGGCAUGGCCGAGCACGAGUGUAUCUGGGAUCCGAAUUAUCCCGAGUGCCCGGCCAGGUUCACACGAGUUUUGGAGAGAUGCGAGGAGCUGGGUCUGGUACAGAGGUGUAAGCUCAUCGAGCCGAGACGCGCCACGGAGAGCGAGCUCCUAAGUAAGCACAGUCAGAAACAGAUUGAUGUUCUGAAGGCGACGGACGGCUCUACGGAUGCGGAGAACUUGGAGUUUCUGUCGUCCAAGUACGAUUGCGUCUACGUUCAUCCGUCGACGUAUAGAUUGUCUUUAUUAGCCGUGGGCUCAACAAUCAAUUUAGUAGAAAGUGUCUGUAAAGGCGAGAUACAAAAUGGCAUGGCUAUUAUCAGGCCACCUGGUCAUCAUGCAAUGAAAUCGGAAUAUUGCGGUUACUGCUUUUUCAACAAUGUAGCUCUGGCAGCAGAAAGAGCUUUGAGUUCAGGCUUAGCGAACAGGAUUUUAAUUGUGGAUUGGGAUGUUCAUCAUGGACAAGCAACGCAACAAAUGUUUUACAAUGAUCCACGCGUAGUUUACUUUUCGAUACAUCGUUAUGAACACGGCGAAUUCUGGCCAAAUUUGAAGGAAUCUGAUUUUCAUUAUAUUGGCGAGGAUCUCGGAGAGGGUUACAACUUUAACGUACCUUUAAAUAAAACCGGCAUGACCAAUGCUGAUUACAUCGCGAUCUUCCAGCAAGUUUUAUUGCCAAUGGCUUACGAAUUUCAACCGGAUUUGAUAAUAAUAUCAGCGGGUUACGAUGCGGCUCUGGGUUGUCCAGAGGGUGAAAUGCUGAUAACUCCGGCAUGUUAUUCACAUUUAUUAUCAUCAUUAUUAAGUCUGGCAAAUGGAAAAGUUGCUGUAGUUUUAGAGGGUGGUUAUUAUCUGAAAUCAUUAGCGGAAAGUGCAGCCUUGACUUUGAGAACUUUAUUAGGCGAUCCGUGUCCAGUUUUACAAACACUUGACUUACCAUCGUUAAGUAUACGUGAUACUAUCCUGAAUGUAAUCUACGCACAUAAACCAUACUGGAAGUGUUAUCAGUACCAAGAUACAUACAGCAUCCAUACUACAACACACAAUAAAGAGGAGCUUGCUAAUCGGCAUAUAGUUACGGUUACAUACAAAGGCAGUGAAAUUAGACUAGACAAGUAUGAUACUCGAAAUUGCUAUCCUGUACAAAGCAAAGAAACAUUAGAGGGCGUGGAAAAGAAAUUAAACGAAUUGAUUCAAUUAACAAACUUACGUAAAGCACCUCAUAAAGUAUGUAUCGUCUACGAUGAAAAGAUGCAGAAGCAUUGCAACAUUUCUGACAAUUCUCAUCCAGAGAAACCAAAUCGCAUCUCCAGUAUUUAUAAGAAUCACGAAGAACACGACUUGUUACAACGAUGCCAUUUAUUACAAGGAAGGAGUGCAACGACAGAGGAAUUAACCUUGGUCCAUUCGAAAGACUACAUCGACGACAUCAAAAGGACGUCGACCUUGAAGCUCAAGGAAUUGCAAAAGCAAGCCUCGGAUUACAAUUCCGUUUACCUUCAUCCUGAAACGUGGUCGAGCGCCUGCAUGUCCACCGGCUCUCUUCUGCAAGUAGUGGACGCGGUAUUGAAUGGGGAGUGCCAGUCCGGCGUGGCCAUCGUAAGACCGCCUGGGCAUCACGCUGAAAAAGACAUCGCGUGUGGCUUUUGUAUAUUUAAUAACAUUGCCGUGGCUGCAAUGUACGCUGUACAGUUUCACCACGUAAAGAGAGUACUGAUAGUAGACUGGGACGUGCACCAUGGAAAUGGGACACAAUCUAUUUUCGAGGAAGAUCCGAGAAUACUUUACAUCUCCGUUCAUCGUUACGACAAUGGAAGCUUCUUCCCCAAUUCCAAGCUCGCUAAUUACACGAGCACUGGCUUAAACGCAGGCGAGGGAUUCAACGUGAACAUACCAUGGAACAAGAAAGGAAUGGGAGAUGCUGAAUAUAUAGCGGCUUUCCAACAAGUAGUGAUGCCCAUUGCUUAUCAAUUUAAUCCAGAACUAGUUCUGGUUUCGGCUGGAUUUGAUGCUUGCAUUGGUGAUACACUUGGAGGUUGUCUCGUAAGCCCAGAACUCUAUGGCCAUUUAACCCAUUGGCUCUCAUCCCUGGCCAAUGGUCGUAUAAUUCUAAGUCUCGAAGGAGGUUAUAACAUCAACUCCAUAUCCCACGCGAUGACCACGUGUACCAAGGCCCUCCUGGGCGAUCCUUUACCGAUGCUGGAUCCUAGUCUCAUUCCUUGCACCAGCGCGAUAAAUUCUAUCAAUAACGUACUGAAGACUCACAAGAAGUUCUGGCCCAAUCUGCAAUACGGAAUAUCCUUACCGAAAGAGAAAGUACUUCCCAAAUUUAAAAAGCUUUCCAGUAAAGAUCCUAAGAAAGUCGACGAGCAAGGAAGAAACGCGGAUAAACCGAAACAAACGGAAUCGAAGAUCGCCCUAGAGGGAAUCGAGAGCGAGAAGCUGGAGCUGAACCUGGCGAUCGACAAGAACUGCUUGAGUCUAGUGACGGACGAGGAGAUUUCGAAGCUGGCGUGCGAGGUGGAGAACAUUAAAAUAAAAAAUUUUGAGUUGCACGCGAUGAAAAGCGAAGCGGUCGAGUCGCGAGGGAGUUCCGAGUUGAGCCAGAGCGAAGCGAAAAAUCCGGACGUUUCGCAAAGUAUACAAAAAUGCGUGAACGAGACGAACCAAUCGAGAGGCAGCCAGCAAGGCAAUUCUGACAUACACGAGGAUCGCGACGACGAGGGUGCGGCAUCUUCGCGACGUGAGACGCAGUCAACGACUCUCUCGGAGUACCUCUCCGACAAUCUUCAGGCCCUGACGGCGGGAGAGAUGUUCGCAGUCGUGCCCCUGCGAGACUGUCCGCAUCUGUUCACGUCAGUCAACGAGGUUCCCUCGGGCGGAAUCGACGUAACUGCGCCAUGCGCCGAAUGUGACAGCACCGCGGAGAAUUGGAUCUGCUUGCAGUGUUACUCUGUGCACUGCGCCCGCAGUAUUAAUCAGCACGCGAUGCAGCACGCGGAGGAGCACGAGCAUCCCAUGACGCUCAGCUUCAGCGAUAUUUCCGUCUGGUGCUACAGUUGCGAAGCCUACGUCGAUCAUCCUCUAUUAUACGCGGCAAGGAACGCGGCUUAUCAAAGCAAGUUUAAUGAAGAGCUUCCCUGGACUUAUAGCGAUUAUAGUGGUCUUUAAACACAUCUUGAUGAAAGAAAUAUAUUUUAAAUAAUUCAAUAGAAGAUAUAUGUUUUUUGGAAAUAAUUUU